AGGAAAGAGGCGUUCUAGGAAGCUGCACGUUAGACGAAUUUGCCACCAGUGGCGACUCCUGUACGUCCCAAUUCUGGUUUAGUAACUCGUACUCCAGCCGCUCCUAAUGCGCCACUUUAAUUUCCAGCCGAGAUGUACUUAAGGUAUGUAGGACGUUUUCUGAGCAGAUUCGUUUCCUAUUUACAUGUCUAUUUCUAAAUACAGCUUGUCAUCCGUAGGCAAUAACACAUGUUUAAUUAGAUUCCCGUCUCAUUUCCUCCAUUAGGACAAUGUAGUGUCCAGCCUAGAUGGUUCUUCAAGCGAAGAUGACCCUUCUCUUAUAGGUUACCCCUUGACAUUCCUCAAAAGGCCUCGUUAAUUGAUUGCUGGCGCUCCAAGCUCCUAGCAUGGAUUUAGGUCGUGCUCUGAUCCUACUCACCUGGUCGCUACUCCUAGUUGUACACAGCCAUUCCUCGGUAGUAGGAUUGGUGCGUAUGGCUGGAGUUAGGAAUCUCCCCAUCGCUUGUGGUGAACCGGGUUGCAUUGAGAGGUUCUCCUGUCCUAACGAGAGACUGCUGCACCGCCGACAGAAAAUACAUACGUUUCCAGAGCAACCAGCAGGGCAACAAGCACCUAGCUUCCGCGAUCUAGAGGCUUUACAAGAGGUAAUAGAGCAGACAACAGCUGAUCGUCGCACCAAGCGUAGAGCUAGUAGUGUGCCUAAUGAAGGGGACUGUAUUCCCGAUGGACCAUGUCCUUCGGGAGAUUCACGCCCCAACAUGGACGCGAGUGGAUGCGGGGUGGCGCACGAGAAGAGCCUGAAGAAAACGUCCACAGAUAAGCGCUUUUUUGUAUUUUGCAAAAAAACAGCAGGAGGCAUGGGGUUAUCUCGGCCAGAAAUUGCAGAGCUGGUAGAUAUUAUGAAGAGCAGUCAGUUAGAUCCUUGCACUUUCGAAUCAAUGGCGGACGUUGACCGUUUUGAGGAGAAGGAAGCUGGUGGUGUGGUGAUGGAGAAAUUCAGGGAUAGCGAUCUAGCAUCUCCCUCAGAUCGGAAGCCGAUCAUGCUGCGAUGGCGUUCCUUGUGGUCUUGCGCCAAGAAUUUAUACAGCAAUCCGGCAAAUGCAGUAGACUUUAUUGCGCACCCUCAACCAUUAGUUGCAGAAGCGGAUAGGGUGUACCGAGAUCCUGAUAGUGGUACCUGGUGGUGGUUUGCACAGCAAGAUCUGCCGGAGGGUGCAUCUAUUGUAGCUCUAAUUGUGUACUCUGAUGAAACCAACCUCUCGAAAGAUGGAUCAGUUACCGGUUGGCCAGUGUAUGUGUCGCUGGCCAACAUUUCAUCUGGAAAUCGCUGGAAACCACAUGGAAGGCGCCUUGUAGCUCUGCUACCGAAGGUGACUGAAGACAUGCUUGCCCCUGGUAGCUGCAUCGUCCGAAGACGCAUGGAGAUCUUUCAACAGGCUCUGGACAUGAUUAUGGGAGACUGCAUGGCAGCUGCAGACAAGGGAGAACCAGUGCUUGACCCAUACGGCAUUCGACGCAUGGCAUAUCCAUUGUUGUAUGCAUAUGUUGGAGACUACCCGGAACAGUGCAAGGUUGCAGGAACCAAGUCUGGACACUCAACCAAUUUUCCCUGCCCUCGCUGCAUGGUGCACCGGAAGCAGCUGGCAAAGACAGAAAUGCGGGCACAGCGAACGGUGGCAGCACAGAAGCACACAUGGAUGGAAAUGGGGUGCCUUCGUCAACCUACUGAUCUCCUGAGGCUCGAAACAGCCAACAGUCAACACCAUGUGCAGAUUCGUCACAAGUUGCGCAAUCCGAACAUGGCACGCGUUCAGCUAGAAAGGUCUGGAGAUCCUGAUGCCCUCGGAAGGCAGGAGCGCGUCGUUCAGCGCCUGCUCAACCGGUUCCAGGCCACCAAGUACAACGGCAACAACUACUUCAUCGGCAAGCUGUACCUCAUGGAUUGGGUGGAUGUCCCAGAGAACAUCCUGGCCCUUGAUUUCGUGGGGGACCGUGACGUAGAUGAUGUGGUUGAAGGCGACCUGAAUGGAGAGGGUGUGGAGGUUAUUUUCUGAAGGGAGCGAUGGGGCAGGUGGAGAAGGUCAUGUUGCAUCUGGAUGUGCUUCAUGAUCAGGGAUGUGAUUCAGAAGUGCUGCUGUUUUGGAAGUUGAUUACGGUUUGUCUUUCAUGUUGGAUGAGGAGGUAUUGUUGAGGGUUGUUUUUCAUUGCCAAUAAUAUCUGUUAUGGUUUGCGGGU